AUGGCAGACGACGAAAUUGAUCACAUGUUUGCGGGCGAGCCUGGCGGCUUUGGCGACGACUUCGGCGAGGAUUUCGGAGAUGAUGAACUCAUCGACGACUUCGACGUGGAGCGAGCGGCGGCUGCGGCCGCCGCAGGCCACGACCAGGAAACCGACGUCAUUCUAGAUCCCAACGAUCCUCGCGCGGCGCGUCCGAACGCGCGGCCGAGUGAAGGCCCGCGCAUCACGAGUCCAUACAUCACCAAGUUCGAGAAGGCGCGCGUCAUUGGGACGCGGGCGCUUCAGAUUAGCAUGAACGCGCCGAUAACGAUUCCGCUGGACGGCGAGACGGAUCCGUUGAUCAUCGCCGAAAAGGAGCUCUACCAAAAGACGAUCCCCUUCACGAUUCGCAGAUACCUGCCCGACGGCAGCUAUGAAGACUGGAAAAUCCAGGAAUUAAUCGUGGACUGA